CAAUAUCAUCUCCGCCAAAAGUUCGCGCAAAGCGCGGUGGAGCAGCCUCCUCUCCGAGAAACAACGACCCAUCCCAUUUCUGGCCUCCAACAAGUAUGUCCCCCAUCUUAAGAUCACCGGAAACCCGAAUUCUUUUCGCUUGCGCAGCAGCCUUUUGAGCUUCAUAUUGCUCAUCAGCUUUGCGCUUUGCUAUCUCGCUAUCGGCUGCCAAUCCAGCAAGCCGUGAGGACGUUCUUCGCGGUACUGGCGCUUCAUUCUCUUUCUUGACACGUUUUGCCGGAGUCUUUUUAGUAGACUGUGACACCGGCCUGGAGGAUUUAGUAGAAGAACCUUUGGUAAAUAGUCCGGAGGAUUGAGCUUCCUGAGUAAGCUUUUUCAAAAGCGCAUCACGCUCCGCGAUAUUGGCUGCGCGCUGCUUUUCGAAAUCGGACAACUCUGGGACGGAUUCCGUGUGGGGCAUAGCUCAAAUAAGUAAUAAUAACAAGCGUUACAGAAAGGAGAAUACGGCUAAAGGACCAAGCAACGGCCUCGAGAGGUCCCGGAUAUCUCGAUGGAGACACCACACUGUUCAAUGCUCGCUCUGGAGUUUUCGCGAUUCCAAGGUUCGUAUCCGUCAAACUCAGAACUCAGUCAAUAAACGCGCGUAGAGCGGUCGCGCAAGCACAUGAUCUCAUCUCCUUUGUUCCUGUUUAGGUAUAGUUCAUAAGAUAAUCAUGUGAUAUCGCUCCUGUAUCAAAAUUCGAUCCUGUUAUCUUCUCUCCGUCGACAACAGGAAACCUGCAAGGGAGCUUGCAAGGGAACUAGAAUAAGUUAGUUGUGGCAGAAUUUCAUCUUUAUAACCAUGGUUGGGAAUUUACACCGGGGAUUUGUCCCAUAUCAGAGUGAUGGCUUUUUUCUUUCGUUUCUGUAUCAUACUCGAACUCUGACCAGACCAGUUCUCCGAUAUAAAUCGUCGCCGUUCACACUCUCACAGCCCACAUCUCCUCCCGCUUCCAGGAGAUUAUAUCAGUCACGUCUCGUCCAAUUUAAGAAUCGAAAUAGCGAAUGCGCUUUCCCAGCACCAGACACAUGGACCACUCCGAAGUCGCAAGACGACUCACCGGGUGACAUUUCCUCCUCCCAUCAAUUCUCUGAUCCGCUCUCGCAAUCUAGCUCUGAGAAAAGUAGCGACAAAGAUCGAGACUGGGACCUACUUGCUUCCGCUCUUGAUACUUUAAAGUCCUCUUCGAAUGCCAAAAGCGAUGCCUCGCCGGGGUAUUCCCAUUUUUCGGAGGUGGUCACUCAUGAAAAGCCAUCCUCGAUAUUUUCUCGUCCGGGUGGUGGCACGUUGGCCGGUAUGAUACCCACUACACAGAAAGAUACAGCGCGGACCCCGGACCUACAAAAGGCUAGGGUGACAUUGGAAGACCCUGCCCCUUCUAAAGAGUCGGACCCAAUCGAGAGAACCCCCGACUGGGCUCGUAUGGGCGAUAGACAUCGAAGUAGUUAUGGGUCUGAGAUCAAGUUAGGAACUGCCAAAGCCGGUAAAUCUGCGCCUCUCACGAAAAUAGCUGCUAGUGAACGGGCUAGACCCAAAACAUGGCAAGAGAAUACCAUGUCUCGUCAGAGCACGGAUGAACCCCUCGGCGUGCGAAGCAUCGAACGGGCUCCCUUAGAAAAGGCAAUCCAUAUUCCUUUUGAGAAGGCUGUUAGGAGACGGAAAGACAAUCCAGAAAACUGGCAGGAGGUUGACAUGCCAGAUCGCAAUACAGACGGAGAACAAACCCUUCGAUACCAGGGGAAAGUUUAUGGUUUUGCUGCUGGUGAUAAAGAUGAAGUAGUAUCCGGUAUGGGUGCAUUUGGACCAGGUAAACUCGCCAGGGAAGUAGGAAACCGGGCAAUCAAGCAAAUAAGCGCUGAACUGGAUGAUUGUAUAUCGAGCGGGAAGGGAGACAUUGGAAUCUGGGACGUGUGCGAAGAGCACAUAUUCGCAAUGCUGAAGCUUUUUUCCGUUGAAGACGAAGUCAUAACGUCUACUAUGCCCCGGUAUGGGACUGCAACACAACGUAUGCGCCGGGCGGAUAAGCGCAAUUCUCAGAAACAUCACGCGAAAACUGACAUGGAAUCAGAAGCGGCCAGCCUUAAUAAUUCGCCAUCCAGUAAUCCUCUAUAUAUCCCUCCUGGUAUACCCCGGAAACCCUUUGUUUUGCACGCCUUUCCCGCAACCCUCCUCUACGCUCUGCGUCUACUUCAUUCUCAUUUCCCCAUGUCAGAAAUAACAAUACAGAUGCAUGCUGCCAUCAAAGCUCGCGGGCGCAUCGCCCGUCUUCUCGCGUCAGACACAGAGAUCUUUAACGAAUUAAUAUCCUAUCAUUGGCAUGUCCACAACAACCUUCCGCAGGUGAAUUCACUUUUACAAGAGAUGGAGGACAACGGAGCUACAAUUUCUAGCCGUACAAUAGAGCUGCUUGAUGAGAUAUUCACUCAGAAACGAGAAGAGCGGCUACUGGGCGGAUCUUCAGCGACUGCUCUUGUCAAAGGAACCCCAUGGGCCUUCGACCCCGCACUUCGUGCAUACAAGGACUUCGUCGGCAUAAAGGGACAGUUUGAAGGCUUGUUUUCCAAAGUUAAGAGACUGCGCAGAUUUGAGGGCCAUAAAUCUAAAAUAACGGAAAAGAUGCACAGGAAGUUGCCGGUGGAUAUCAAAGGGUCAGCUAGCUCAGAAUAUUCACGUCUGCAUAGACGUCGCAGGAACUUCAUGCCAUAUAUCGAAGAUGAUGCAGAGGAGUGGGAAAUUCGGAAAUGAUACUAUUUCGGGCUUUGCUUUUAACAUCUUUGCGGUGGCCCACGUUGCCCAAUUAAUUACUUCUGUCCUCUUAUUUAUUUUUGGUGCACGGCAUAGAUAUGACUUCAAGUCAGGACAGGAACGCGACGGAAAAACUCCACUUGAUUUAUAAUUAUUGUGCUACAUAUUUAUCCUUCUGUAACCAAGAUAUACAAUAUGCCUCCGACGUUUUAGAGACAUUUUGUUGGGCUUGCCAUCUCUUAUCCUCUUUGUGGCCUUCAACAACAAUUAAAACAUGGUAAAAAGCAACAAGGAUGAAAGUUCCAGCAGAAGAACAGGCACCGAAUGACUCCUUUUAUCUUACAUGGUAAUUAAUAUACAUUCUACAAAGAACGGCAUUAACCCUGCGUUCAUCCUUGCUAGUCUACCAUUUCUCCCCCGCUUAAUUGCGAGAAAAUCACCAUAUUGCCUCAUACCUUCAUUCCCCAACUCCUCCCCACUCCAACAACACUACCCGCGACAAACCCCAAGUACCGCUUAGCUUCGCUUAGAGUCCUAGUAACAGAGUUGACAUCGCUGAGUUGCCGUUCGACAAAUGCCUUCGUCGCGCUGAAGCCCGGGGAAGUAUCCUCUAUCAUAAAAACGUCGGCGCUGGCAUAAACAGUCGCGACGGCGAGUCUCUUUGUGUACCACGAAGAGUCCACGGAGUUGUCGUUGGCCAGAUAGAGGAUGUCAGAGGAGAGCGCAUAUAGCUCAGAAAUUGACGGGACAAUAUUAAAGGGUAGAGACAUGGUUGCUAACGCCUGUGUUUGGUUGUGAUGUUAGUCGAACUCCACCAAUAUAGCAAUAUAAAAGGCCUAUAUAAUCGAGGAUAUAUAAGAUGAGAAGGCACUCACAUCCUGCCAAUGCUCGAUUAUCUUCUCGUUCAUCUUUAAUCUCUCCAAUAUCAAUACCAACACUUUCUCCUCCACGCUUAACCUUCCUGCUUCUCCACCUUCAGUUGUCCUAAAAAGUUCUCCGCUCUUGGCUUUCUGCCUUAACAUACCUCUCCGACUUCCCAACCAGUAGGUUAUAAGCGCAAUCU